AUGGAAGAAACUGAAUUCAACUUUCUUGGGGAUGAAGAGUGGUGGACAAAGUUAUCUUUCUUAACUGAUUUGUUUGAGCAUCUCAAUAAACUAAAUUCAAGUAUGCAAGGUCGUGAUGAAAAUAUACUAUCAUCGUCGGACAAAAUUAUGGCUUUCAUCGGAAAAUUGAAUUUAUGGAAAACUAAAAUUAAUCAAGGUAAUUUAAUCAUGUUUCCACGUACUGCUUUACUAGUUGCGGAUGACAACAUUUUUUCAUUAAUAGUCGAGUCCAUCACAUUUGACUUGGUUGAUUUAAAACUUGUUGAAGAAGAAAAUCUCUGUUCAAUCAAAAAUGAUCGAACAUUGCAGUUGAAAUUCAAAGAGAUCACUCUCAAUAAAUUCUGGAUAUAUGUUUCUAAAGAAUAUCCAGAGAUAUCUAUAAAAGCACUGACUAUUCUUUUGCCGUUCUCAACCUCAUAUCUUUGUGAACAAGGGUUUUCAGCGCUUGCGAAUAUAAAAAAUAAAAAACGAGAAAAACUAAAUUCAGUGGAAGAAGAAAUGAGGGUAUGUCUGUCAACUAUUCGUCCAAGAAUUAAAAAUAUUUGUAACGCCCAUCAGGCACACAUUUCUCAUUAA